GCCAGUAGGGAGCGCACGUGUGCCAACCCACCAGGAUUCUCUCGUGAAAUGUGAUGUUCGAAAUGUUUCUGUGUUACGUAAAUAAUGUGAUUUGAUUAUGAAUGUGUGAGUGACGCUUGUAACAAUGGUCGUGCUAUUUUUUAUAUCUGUAUUUGUUGCUCGUACCAUGUGCCACACGAUAACUCUACUCGACGUGCCUCGCUGGGCGGACCCAAGGAUAGACGCGGAUCUUCGCUGCCAGUACGCGCGACAGCCAGGCGAUCCGUCGCUGCACUCUGUUAAGUGGUACAGGGGGAAACACGAGAUCUUUAGAUAUACGCCGCAAGAGUACGAAACCAGAGCUUUCAACAGUACAGGGGUGUCAGUGACGAAUAAUUCGUGUGAUUCGUUCGUGUGCGUUAUAUCCGUGCGGCCGGAGCCGGGGACAGCGAAGUAUACUUGUGAAGUUUCGAGUGAAGGCCCUAGGUUCGCUGUUGACAGAAGAUCAGCAAACAUGACGCUGUCUGUGUUACCAGAAUACGAGCCGCUAAUCACAGGGCUGCCAACCAUAGUGCAAGCUGGUGAGCAGGCGUUCGUCAACUGUACGUCAGACUACUCGCUACCACCGGCCUCGAUAGACUGGUACGUGGACGCAGAGUUGCAAGAGGACCCAGUAAUAACCGGUCGCACACACGUCUCCGGGGCCGACGGGGACGGUCUCCAAGCGUCCUGGCGGACCCUCCACGUGUACCCGGACGACUACUCCACGCACCGCGGGUAUCUCUCACUCGAGUGCCGCGCGACCGUGCCCACGCGCCCCGAACACGUGCGCAGCAUGGCCGUGCGGCUCUUUGUGGCGAGUCGGCCGCACAUAUCGUCGUAUAUGUUAAGUAAAAAUAGUGCAGUAUCAAGAAGUAGUGCAACGAGAUACAAAACUGGCAUGUGUGUAUGGACGAUAUUUCUCUUGGCGAGAAGACUAGUGCCUUAACUAGUGAAUUAAAGUGACUGCAAUGAAUAAUAAUUGUGACGUUACGUGUUAAAUGUAUAGUUGUUAUUGUGUUGCCGUUACAUUGUGUUUGUUUUGUUGAAGUGCUAAUACCAGGGAGAGAUGUUUGUAUGUUAUACCUAAUUAUUCUUCUGAAUGGUUAUGGUAUGCAGUCAAUUGUAUAUAGGUCCGUUAGUUUUUAUAGACACCAGUGUUACAUUUUCAUUAUGUUGUUUUUAUAAUUUAUGGAUUUGACUUAUAAGUUAUUACAAAUUGUGAUUUGAAGACUAUUUAAGUGUAAGACUAUUCAACAAUUUGCUUCACACGAAAUACAUUUCAUGUCUGCAGAAAAGACUAUAAAAUUCGUUUAAAAUUCUAAAAAACAAACGGCUAAUAUUAUAAAAAAUGUUAUUUUGUAAAACUGAAAAUAAAUGUUAAUGUAAGAACAAGCAUUUAAUUAAUUUCCAUCGUAUCUCUGAAGUGGAUAACUAAAAGCGGAAUGAAUUUUCUUGUUUAUAAAAUAUGUUUUAAAUAUAAUAUUUUUAUGAAUAGAAAAACUGCGCACUGUCGUUGAAAUGUCGCAAUGUACUCAGCUAGCGCGCAAGAGCAACUUUUGUCUUCGCAACUAUUUUGUCUCUCCCAUCAACUCUAUGGGCUAGUAAG